AUGCGGCUGCUUCCUCUGGUCCGUCUGGCCGGUCUUAUCGGUCUCGCUGCUGCUUCUCCGGUGAUCGGUCGUGAAGCCGGCAAAGAUGCGAAUGUGACGCCACCGAGACGUCUUGUUGUGUAUACCCAGGUCAACUUUACUGGCACACCUUACGAGAUCCAUGCGGAAAAGGGCUGCGUCCAGUUCGUCGCACCCGUCUACAAAAACCUGCAGUCCUUCAAGGUUGCUGAUCAAGUAUGCUACUUCAUGGACGAGGAUGCUUGCGGAGGCAAGGCACUCGUCAUUGUGGAUGCCCUGGGAGCUGAGGCAUGGGCCAAUACCGACGAUGGCACCAAUUUCUCUUCCAGGAUUACUUCAGUGUACUGCGAAGACCAUUCGAUGCGUCCUCCUGGCGGCGCCGAUGCAGCUGUUGUCAAACGCGACGGCCCAGGUGAGACCACCGUCUGCAGAAGCACCAUGGAUAUUGGCCCCUGCGUAACGCUCUCCGCCAACAGCGCAUGUGUGUUUUUCGGUUACGAACUUCGUCACAACAUCCGCAACGUCUACCAGGCCUACGGCUCCAUCUGCAACUACUACUACGACGGCAACUGCGAUGUACCCACGCCAGUGAUGACCGUCAAUACCCACAAGCAGGCUCUUCAUGUCCCGCUCGAUAAGCAGACCGGAGACAGACUCGCCUAUGUCAAGUGCCAGGACCAAUGGGUUGCGCAAGACAUUCAGGAUGACACUGUCCACAUCUUUCCUCGCGCAGACGACGUCCACUCCAUCGGGGAAGCCACGGAGGCUCAGCCACAAUCUACAACCGCAACGCCAUGCGACGAUCCUCGGUACGUAGACCCAGAUGCCAACGUUGGUCCAGGUUUUGUCUACUUCUGCUGGGGCAGAAAGGGAGGCACAGAGCGAACGGUAAACCUUCCGAUCUUGGUUUCACGCCGAUCACAUGCUAUUCACUGCGUACCAGUGAAUGAUCAGUCUGCGCCAGAAGCAAACACAGAGCAGCUUCAACCUACGAUAAAGCGUGAGGAAGUCUUGCCAUUAGGGUCAGCUGGUCAGGUGCUGGUUGCCGAUCGGGAGGGCUUCGGCGGCAAAACGCAACUCGUCGAUACAGUCAAGGACGAUAACAACUGCGCCCCCUUGUUCAAUCAGUUCUUCUGGAAUCUGCAAUCGCUUAUACAAUACCAAGGAUCUGUGUGUACCUACUGGCAGUACGACUGUGGAGAUUUGCUACCAGACAACAAGCCCGUCUUUACCGUUGACUCGCUCGGCGGACAGAUCGGAUUGUCACCUAUCCCAUGGGUAUUCGGCGGCGAAAACCGCAACAAGAUCGCAUAUAUCCGCUGCAUCAACGGCAAAGCUGCUGUUGAUUACAUAGCUGCGCUGGAUUCGUCUGAGAAGGUCAUUAAUAACAAGACUCACGGGGUUGCCAAGAACACUGCUUUCAGCACAGGACUGCAAGAUGGUCAGCUUGCCGCUCGAGCUGAAUCUAUGGCCGAAGACUAUUUCGAGCCGCUCACACUCUACCGUGACCCUGACAAGGGUGGUGCAGUCAUGACCUAUGUGGGCCCGAGUUGCGGCCUUAAUCCUUUCAAUGUCGACCCCAUCAAGUCGCUUUGGCAAGACAAAGGCUUUCUAUGUCAGUUUUAUCCUGAAUGGGGCUGUCAAGAAACCAAAGGCCCGCCACUCUGGAUCGACUCCAGAGACGGUCCUUGCUACAACCGAAAUGUCGAGUUUCCCAUCCUUUCGAUAUCAUGCACGCGAUCGACAUACGAGGAUGUCACCGGGAGGCCCGACACUACACAGCUCAUCGAGUACAAGGCUGAAGCCACCCCAGCAGCCGUCACUCCAGGCACGAUCACGCCAGCAACACUCGCUAUCCGGACUGACGCCGCGAACACAUUCACCCCUCUCAAGUUCUGUACCGGAGAAAACCUUACCGGCGCAUGCUUCAGCUAUACGGGUCCAGAUUGCGCAUCUGGCGAUCCCGCCAUUUUCGAGAUGAAGUCGAUCGUAGUCGACAAAGACUUCCAGUGUGUGUUCAUGUCUGGACUCAAUUGUAACGAAGGAUACCCUCACUACGUCGAUGCCCGACAAGACGAGAAUAGAAUAAAUAGCAUCGACUGGAUCGUCAAGUCCAUCUACUGCAAGCCGGAGCCGUGGCACGGUUGA